UCUCUGAAACUUCCUUCUUUCUAUUCUCUUCUCUCUUUCUCUCUCUCUCUCUCUAAAAGUCUCUCUCUUAUUUGAAGGACUUUCUGUUACUUUCUCACAGCUAGGGUUUCGUUUCCUUUACUUCAAAAUCUGAAAACGAAGCUUUCUUUACCGAGCGUUGAGGAUUUGGAUUGAUUUGUUGGUUCUGAGUGGGAUUUGAAGUUUGGAUGUUUGGCAAGUUUGUUUGUUCUGUUCUCAUUUAUUAACUUUUAAGCAGAGUAGGGGAAGAAAAUUCACCUAAAACUGUAAUUUCAUAGGGACCAAUGAUGUAAUGCAGGAUAGAAAGGAAGAUCAUAUUUCUUUGCGUGCAUAUGGUUCUACCCCAAAGAUUGGUCGUUAUGAUAAGGAUGACAACAGAAAUGAUGACUAUGAGCAUGGUUGAUGAUGUUCAAAACUGAUGAUCUGAUAUUUAGAGGAAUCAUCUGAUUGUGUUUACUGUAAAUAGAUGUGCCUUUUUAUGCAUUUUGUACAAGAGGAUUAAAAAGGCUUAAUUAAUUAUUACUUUUUAGUUUCUUGUGGAAUAUGGCUAUUGCUGGUCUGCACAAUGUUUCUGUGCUUGAUUCUUCUUUCCUUAGGGAAUCUCACGCUCAAGCACCAAGACAGGUAAGUGAAGAAGGAAGGGUAAGCACCCGGGCAUCCUCACUCCUACAAAUGUGGAGAGAACUUGAGGAUGAACAUGUGGUGAGUCAUGCGCAGGAGAGAAUCAGGGAAAGAUUGUUUCAACAAAGGACUGAUGAGUGUGAUCUAUCGAGGACAGAAACUGCUGAAAGCCAUGGGAGUGAACAUACAGUUGAUUUGGAGGAUGUGAGCAUAGGUGAGAAUGAGUCCAGCACAUGGUCUGAAGGUCAAACCAGGUCACAUAAUGAACACGAGGUAUCCAGUAAUUUUAAUAGUGAGCAUUCUUCUGAUUUUGGUGAAGUUGAGAGGGAGAGGGUAAGGCAGAUAUUCCGUGGAUGGAUGAAUACUGGUGUGCGUGGAUGUACAUCAAGUGUUUCUCAUAUUACUAAUAGCCCUUCAAGGGCAGAGUGGCUUGGUGAAACAGAACAGGAGCGGGUAAGGGUUAUAAGGGAGUGGGUACAAAUGAACAGUCAGCAGAGAGGUGCUUUUGGCAACAGCAGAGAAGAGCAACCUGCUGAACCCGGUAGUCAAAUUGAACGAGUGCGUGAUGGUUUGGUUGUUAACCAGAAUGGAGGUCGAAAUGAACAUAGUCGGAGGGGAAUUCGUAGACUGUGUGGUAGGCAGGCUCUGCUUGAUAUGUUAAAGAAGGCUGAGAGGGAAAGGCAAAUAGAACUUCAAGGAUUGUCAGAGCACCGGGCUGUAUCCAAUUUUCCUCAUCGGAACCGCAUUCAGUCGUUACUUAGAGGUUGGUUUUUGCGAAAUGGAAGAUUGAUUGACAAUGAGAAACCCUCUUCUGUUGCUGAAAGUGAAUUAGGCUUACUGAGGCAAAGACAUACAGUUUCUGGUUUAAGCAGGGAAGGGUUUUUCUCCAGAUUGGACAAUUCUGCUUGUGCUCAAGCAAGCAGUCUUUGUGAUACAUCUAACAGUGACGUUAUUGGUAAUAGAAGUGAAGCAACUGAAGAAAAUAACUUACAUGAGUCUGUAACUGAUUUUUGUGCACGGUCAGUGCAUAGUUAUGAGGCAAAUGACGACCAAACAUGUGACAGCCAUGGAGUAUCAGGGAGUAGUGAUGAUUUAGGAGGCAAUAUGGUUGAAGAUAUGGAUUCAUGUCUAGAAUCUAAUGCUCAUGUAGAAGGAUGGCAUGAACAAGUUCCAGAUAAUGUGGUUAGAGAACGAGAAUGGUCAACCAGUGCUGAAAUUGUUGAAAGGAGAGAUGAUGCUGAACCAAACGUGGUUGGAAGCUCACAGGGAGAUACUGUUGAUGAAUGGGUCCAUGAAGAACAUAGGAAUUUGCAAGAAGUCAAUCAUGUAUCCAAUGAUCAAUCUGAGCAUCAUGUGGAGGGAAAUCUCUUCCACAGUCUAUCUGAUCGUGAAGAUAAUAUAGAAGGCAGCAGGCACGAUGAUGAUAUAAACUGGCAGCAAUCUGCUUCUCAUUUGCAACAGUGGCAGGAUCAGGGUUCAGAGAAUGAUGAGAGAGAGUGGGAGCAAACAGUUGUUGAAUACACUGCAACUGGAUUGGUAGAAAAUACAGAUACAAAUCAUCAGGAAAGUAAUCAUUUUGAAUGGACUAUGGGGAAUGAAGAUAGAGAAAACAGUCAUCUGCAACAAGCUCAUGAAGAGUGGCAAGAAGAAGGUGGUUUCCAAGAGGCUGUGCAGAAUUGGUUAGAAGAAGAGCCAUCUGAUCCAGAAUCCCUUCCAGCAAGGCAGGCUGAUACAUUUUACUUCCCUGAUGAUGAUAAUGUUUAUAGUGUGGAGCUCAGGGAAUUACUCAGCAGAAGAAGAGUCUCUAAUCUUCUUCAUAGUGGUUUCCGUGAGAGUCUUAACCAACUGAUACAAUCAUAUGUGGAAAGGCAAGGUCAUGUUGCUUCAGAUUGGGAGCUGCAUGGCUCAUCCCCUUCUCCUGCAUCUGUUGAACAAGAUCUGGAGCAGAUGAGUGGUGAUCCAAAUGAGGUUCAGGGGAAUCCAGUUGAUAGUCAUCCCCUUUCUCUGCCUUCACAGCCAAUACGGUCUUCUCUGCCUAACUGGGACCAGGAGUCACAGCAUGAUAAUUGGACACCGCAUGACAUGCAUCAGCGACUGGGAAUUGAGUGGGACAUCGUUAAUGAUUUGAGGAUUGACAUGGCUAGGCUUCAGCAGAGGAUGAAUAACUUACAGAGGAUGCUAGAGGCCUGCAUGGAUAUGCAACUUGAGUUGCAGCGUUCUAUAAGGCAAGAAGUUUCAGCUGCCCUGAAUAGAUCCUCUGGUUCCCAAGGACUGCGUGAAGACAGCUUGGCCGAGGACGGAUCUAAGUGGGAUCAUGUAAGAAAAGGAGUUUGCUGUAUAUGUUGUGAUAGCAAUAUUGAUUCUUUACUGUACAGAUGCGGGCAUAUGUGCGCGUGUUCAAAAUGUGCAAAUGAAUUGGUUGAGAGUAGAGGGAAGUGUCCAAUGUGUCGAGCACCCGUAAUUGAGUUGGGGCUGUAUGAGAAUGAGUUGGUUUGGGAACACAGAGAGGAUGACAAGUGGGAGGACAGACGUCAGUUGGGUUCCUAGGUGAACGGUUACGUGGGGGUAAAAGUAAAAAAGGCAAGCAUGGAGUUUUCUGGAGGAGGGAAGGAAAGGAGCACUCUGCACAUACAUAUAAGGAGCACUCUGCACAUAUAUAUAUAUAUAUAUAUGCCUUUCAAGAUUUUGAUUUUUGGUUUAUUUGUUUACCAUUUUUCAUCGGUUAUUGAACCCCAUUAUAAAGCUCCAAACUCCACGGGAUAAAAGGAAAGAGUAGACUAAUAAAAUAAUGUUCCUGUGUUCUUUUUGGUAAAAAAUAAUUAAACAACAUUAGUUUUUGUUUACAAUUUUCCCCCCUCGGUAUGUGCUAUUGGAUAAGCAUAGAAUUUUCUCUGAGCUUC